AUGCAUUUAAAUGCAAUAUUUGAUUCUUUAAAUUCACCUUCAGUAUGGUUGAGAUUUUCCUGCCUCCAGCCCCCGGUGGCAAAUAUUGUGUUAAUUGGCUGGCUCCCCCUCUGUGGAUCCUGUAAUACAAUGCUUGCAUCGUAGUUCUCAUAGCUUUUUUGCUUUUGGUGUGCUUGUAUGCAUGGGGAAUGUCCGUAACUGGAAAAGGUUUAAGUUCCAGGACUACUUUUUCAGCAAGCCAUCCUGCAUUGGGUUUCUGGAUGUAGGGUCUUGGCUUUCUUCUUGCAGCAGUGGAGCUGAAUGGGUAGAAGGAGCAGUGAGCCCAUUACGCUGUCAGGUCUUGGUUUGUUCACUGCAAAACUUUUUUGUUUUGUUUUUCUUUUUGGGGUGUUUGCUUCACCACCUUGAUGCUGUUGCACCUUUUCUGCAUUACCUGGUGGUGUGGGUAGAGACAGCAAGCAGGAAGGAGUCCUUGGUGGCUGUUACAAAUGGUGGGAAGAGGAUUCCCAAAUCUCUGGGUUCUUACAUAGAGCUAUGAAUACAAGUGUUACAGCUGAUGAUGUUUACCAGAAGAAAAUCCAAGAGGAAAGAAAACUAUAAUGCCCUCCGUCACGAGAAAUAUUCAAUAAAAUUGUUAUCUGUCAAACAAUCCAAGAAACAAAAACUAGCACUGUGCAUCCGAGAAAAGAUGAAGAGGUUACUCCAAGGACCGAUCGAGAAGAUAUCUGCAAAUCAUGAAAACCAGCUCUCUCCGGUGGAGAUCGAUGCAGAUCUGUUCAUGUGUGGCCUAAAAAGGAAAUCCAAUAGCUCUGAUUUGCUUACCACUUGUGACCCCAAGGAGCAGUCAGAAAGCACUAUGGAAGCAAUUAAACUAUGUGUUAAAGAAGCAGACUUGAGUUGGGAGUCAGGUCUCCAAUUACCAACAAGCUCAGAGGAGCAAAACAGCAAUGACAUUUCAGGAGAAAAUUCAUCAGAUGAGCAGAGCACUGAACUGUUUUCUCCAUGUCAGAAUAACGGCUUAUCAGACAAACAGGACCUGUCCACCAUUAGUAUCACAAUGAGUUGGAGAGAAAUCACUGAACAUAACAAGCUUCUUUGCCAGAAUCAUUCAUUGGAGUCCAGUACUGAAAGCAGCUCAUCAACAAUUGAUCGAUCUGGGGAUAUAGUGGAAUACAUAAUCAAGGAAUUGCAAGGAAUUAGUCGCAUACAGGCAGAGAUUGCAGAGUUACGGCAGCACCUUAGCUUAAUAAAGGGUUCAGUGGAUGAGGUGUCAAUUUGUGUUGACUCUGUCCUUAAUGAGAUUGAAGGUUUGCAGGUUGGGUAUGAACCAUCAGCCAAAAGCUUAAUGGGUUCUUCAAAUAUGGCAUCUUUUAAGGAUUCUCAGACUGAAGAGACUGUUUUAUGCUUCUAUGGCAUUUCUGAGCAGGAGAAUGAAAAUACAUUGGAAGUCAUUCAUUGUUUCUUAUCCGAUCAUCAUUGUUUUAAUGGCAUUCAAAGCCAAGAAUACAUAAAAGAUGCCUACAGGUUGGGACCUACUGCAAGUACCUUGUUAGGACCCAGGCCCACAGUGGUUACUCUUUUUCACCCUUACCACAGAGACUUUAUUUUAAAAAAGUCUGUGUGCUUUCAAAGUUCUGGUGUACGCAUUGUUCCUUUUGACAAUGAUCACACACAAAAUCGACAUAGAGCAAAUUCUCUCUCUGUGCUUCAGCAUGGCUUAAGGGAAAAUCGUUGGAGCUCUUUAAGCCUAGACAAGGAAAUCGUAAAAACUGAUGAUUCUGGUGGUGAACGUAAAAAGGAAUCAUUCCGUAUCCGGUAUCAGAAUACAACUGAGGCUCCAUGUUUAGGAGAGGAGUUUCUUUUUGCACAAAAAUGCACUUUGGCUAAAACAUGUAGCUUAACCACAGAACUUGAAGCAUCUGGAGGGGAAAUAAAUCAGGUUAAAGAAAAUUGUGAGCAGUCAAUGGAGAAAAGCGUGAGUCAUCUUUGUAUUCGUCUUGACUCUCAAGAAUCUCAAAAAAACCUACAUUUUACCAAUCAACCUUCAUCUGGUGAGAAAACAACUUGUAAGUGCUCAAGACUGUUAACCCGCACCAACCACCUGAAUGCCUCUUCAGAGUCAGCUUCUGAAGCAGAGAUUGCAAUAAAGAGGUGCUGCUCCAUUAUUGAUGAGCAUGAUGUGGGAUGCAAAGUAGAUAGUGAUCUCAUUUCCUGCGAUUCUAGGGUACAGUUCCGCAGUACAGAAAAAAUAAAUGUAAUUAUAAAAGAUCCUUCAGGAAGCUUUACGUCAGUGAGCUUUGAUGACACAGUAGAUAAACGUGCCGAUGGGACUGUAGCAGAAACCUUAAAGGAGGUGGUCCAUAUAGACCUAGAUGGCCAAGAUAAAACCAGUCAUGUUUUUAGAGAUUUCUUGGAUCAGCCAGAUGAGAAUAUUGACAUAGUAGACAUUAAGUUUUAUGCUAAUAAAUUAGGUAAAGCACUAAAUCAUUUCAGGUCUGCUUUGAAGGUGGUUUUUCACAAGCUAGAAAGUCCAGAAGCCUUUAUGGAGACCAAGGAAAGUGGUUUUCCAGCUCAUGAGUAUGACAGCAUACAUAGACUUAACAGCGUUGGUAGUGGCCACUUUAAUGACAGCAUACCUACACAUUCAAGUCGGAGUAACAGCUAUAGCUCAAGCUCAAAUCUAAAAGAAGAUGCAUAUUUUGUACUCAACGGAGUCCCCUCUUUGCCUCACGAGUCCUCUAUUCCAUCUUUGAUCCUGUCACCAGAUGUAAACAUUAAUUCUAUGCAACCCCUGACAGCCUGCGAGCAGAACCUUGACUGCCCUGAGCAAACAGACGGCAUAAAGGAAGGAAAACAUUUGAGACUUGAUCAAGUAUGUGUGGAGACGAUAUACCUGAAUAAGUGCAUCAACAACUUCAAAAAUGUACUAAAAGAGAAAAAGAAAAUGCAGAGAAAGCUUUUGAAGGACAUUGUUCAGGAAACCUUUUGGAUUUCUGCUGAAGAAAUGAGUUCAGAGGGAAGUAGAGCAGAAUACCAGACUCAAGAUGACGGGGAUCCAUCUAAACCUCCAUGGUUUAAAGGAGGGCCCGGUGGAGGAUUGUACGGCAUCGACAGUAUGCCUGAUCUUCGCAAGAAAAAGCCUAUUCCAUUGGUUAGCGAUCUGUCACUGGUCCAAUCUCGGAAAGCUGGCAUCACCUCUGCAAUGGCUACUCGAACUUCUCUCAAGGACGAAGACUUGAAAUCGCAUGUUUAUAAGAAAACCCUACAAGCCUUAAUCUAUCCAAUCUCCUGUACAACUCCUCACAACUUCGAGGUGUGGACUGCUACGACACCUACCUAUUGCUAUGAGUGUGAGGGGCUGCUAUGGGGCAUAGCUCGGCAGGGGAUGCGCUGUACGGAGUGUGGUGUCAAGUGCCAUGAAAAAUGCCAAGACUUGCUGAAUGCAGACUGUUUGCAGAGGGCAGCAGAGAAAAGCUCAAAACAUGGAGCCGAGGACCGGACCCAAAACAUUAUCAUGGCCAUGAAGGACCGCAUGAAAAUCAGGGAGAGGAACAAGCCAGAAAUCUUUGAGGUGAUCAGAGAUGUCUUCAGUGUGGGCAAAGUGGCACAUGCUCAGCAGAUGAAAACUGUGAAGCAGAGUGUUCUGGAUGGUACAUCAAAAUGGUCUGCCAAGAUUACAAUCACUGUGCUGUGUGCCCAGGGACUACAGGCCAAAGACAAGACAGGAUCCAGUGAUCCAUAUGUCACCGUGCAAGUGGGAAAGACAAAGAAAAGGACAAAGACCAUAUAUGGCAACUUGAACCCAGUGUGGGAAGAGAAAUUUCACUUUGAGUGCCAUAACUCCUCCGAUCGGAUAAAGGUACGGGUCUGGGAUGAAGACGAUGACAUCAAGUCACGAGUGAAACAGCGGCUAAAGCGAGAAUCUGAUGAUUUCCUUGGACAAACUAUAAUUGAAGUUCGUACUCUGAGUGGCGAGAUGGAUGUCUGGUACAACCUAGAGAAGCGGACGGAUAAAUCUGCUGUGUCUGGGGCUAUCCGCUUGCAAAUUAAUGUAGAGAUUAAAGGUGAAGAGAAGGUGGCACCAUAUCACAUUCAGUAUACUUGUCUUCACGAGAACCUCUUCCAUCAUCUCACAGACAUUCAAGGAAAUGGUGUGGUAAGAAUACCUGAAGCUAAAGGGGACGACGCAUGGAAAGUUUACUUUGAUGAAACCGCCCAGGAAAUAGUGGAUGAGUUUGCAAUGCGUUAUGGGAUAGAGUCUAUUUACCAAGCCAUGACACAUUUUGCUUGCCUGUCAUCAAAAUACAUGUGCCCCGGUGUACCUGCAGUCAUGAGCACUUUACUGGCUAAUAUUAAUGCCUACUACGCACAUACCACGGCAUCCACCAACGUGUCUGCAUCUGACCGCUUUGCUGCCUCAAACUUUGGGAAAGAACGAUUUGUAAAACUCUUGGACCAGCUGCACAAUUCCCUGCGCAUUGAUCUCUCCAUGUAUCGGAACAAUUUUCCUGCCAGUAGCCCUGAUCGGUUGCAGGACCUGAAGUCCACAGUGGAUCUACUGACGAGCAUAACAUUCUUCCGGAUGAAGGUCCAGGAGCUACAGAGCCCGCCUCGUGCCAGCCAAGUUGUAAGGGAUUGCGUGAAAGCAUGUCUAAAUUCCACAUAUGAAUACAUCUUCAACAACUGCCAUGAACUGUACAGUCGCGAGUACCAAACUGAUCCGAACAAGAAGCAAGACUUGCCACCUGAAGAACAAGGUCCAUGUAUAAAGAAUCUGGAUUUCUGGCCCAAGCUCAUAACUCUGAUUGUAUCCAUCAUAGAGGAAGAUAAGAAUGCUUACACCCCUGUGCUUAACCAAUUUCCCCAGGAGCUAAGCGUGGGGAAGGUCAGCGCAGAAGUCAUGUGGAAUCUGUUCUCUCAGGAUAUGAAAUAUGCCAUGGAAGAACAUGAGAAGCACCGUCUCUGUAAAAGUGCAGACUACAUGAACUUACAUUUCAAAGUGAAGUGGCUGUAUAACGAGUACGUCCAAGACUUGCCAGCCAUGAAGGAAAAAGUGCCUGAAUAUCCAGCGUGGUUUGAGCAGUUUGUGAUGCAGUGGCUGGAUGAAAAUGAGGAGGUAUCGCUGGAAUUCCUGCAUGGAGCACUGGAACGAGAUAAAAAAGACGGGUUUCAGCAGACCUCAGAGCAUGCGCUGUUCUCCUGCUCCGUGGUGGAUGUUUUCACACAGCUUAACCAAAGUUUUGAGAUCAUUAAGAAGUUGGAGUGCCCAGAUCCAGUCAUUGUGGCUCACUAUAUGAGGAGAUUUGCCAAGACCAUCAGUAAAGUGUUGUUACAAUACUCUGAGAUCCUGUCCAAGACCUUCCAGUCCUAUUGCUUCAAAGAGAAAUUGCCGUGCAUCCUAAUGAACAAUGUCCAGCAACUUCGAGUCCAACUGGAGAAGAUGUUUGAAGCUAUGGGUGGGAAAGAUCUGGACCCCGAGGCCAGUGACACUUUAAAGGAGCUCCAAGUCAAACUGAACAACGUUCUGGAUGAGCUGAGCACAGUGUUUGGAAACAGCUUCCAGUUCCGCAUCGACGAAUGCAUCAAACAAAUGUCUGAGAUCCUUGCCCAUGUAAAAGGGACAGGGAAUGUGUCAGCCAAUGCCAGGAAUACUGUGGCACAAGAUGCAGACAAUGUCUUGCGGCCGCUCAUGGAUUUUCUGGAUGGAAACCUCACACUGUUUGCCACGGUGUGUGAGAAAACUGUGCUGAAACGUGUCCUGAAGGAGCUCUGGAGAGUGGUAAUGAACACCAUGGAGAAGAUGAUUGUCCUCCCUCCGCUUACAGAUCAGUCGGGGACGCAGUUAAUUUUCACAGCAGCAAAGGAGCUGGGACAAUUAUCUAAGCUGAAGGAUCACAUGGUGAGGGAGGAAACGCGAAGUUUAACGCCGAAGCAGUGCGCGGUGAUGGAUCUAGCACUUGAUACCAUAAAGCAAUAUUUUCACGCUGGUGGCAGCGGUCUGAAGAAGGCCUUCCUGGAAAAAAGCCCAGAACUCCAGUCCCUGCGCUAUGCUCUGUCUCUUUACACACAGACCACGGAUACACUCAUCAAAACAUUUGUGCAAACACAGACUGCACAGGUGUAUGAUGGGAAGGGUAUUAGGUAUACGGCUAAUGAGGACAUUCAUCCUGAGAAGGGCUCUGGAGUGGAGGAUCCAGUGGGGGAAGUAUCCAUACAGAUUGACCUGUUCACACAUCCAGGAACGGGCGAGCAGAAGGUCACUGUAAAAGUGGUGGCUGCAAAUGAUUUAAAGUGGCAAACAACUGGGAUGUUCCGGCCUUUUGUGGAGGUUACUAUCAUUGGACCUCACCUGAGUGACAAGAAGAGAAAGUUUACUACCAAGUCUAAGAGUAACAACUGGGCCCCAAAGUACAAUGAGACAUUCCACUUUAUUUUGGGAAAUGAGGACGGCCCGGAGUGCUACGAGCUGCAGGUCUGUGUAAAAGAUUACUGCUUUGCCCGGGAGGACCAUGUGUUGGGAAUAGCCGUGAUCCAGCUCCGUGACAUCGCAGAUAAAGGCAGCUGUGCUUGUUGGUGUCCUCUGGGACGGCGCAUCCACAUGGACGACACAGGCCUGACUGUGUUACGGAUCCUUUCCCAAAGGACAAAUGAUGAGGUUGCUCGGGAAUUUGUUAAACUCAAAUCAGAGACCCGCUCAACGGAGGAAGGAAGCUGAAUGCUAGGCACUCCGUAAUUAGUCCCCUCAUUAAGGCAUGAAGCCACGUGCCAAUUUAAAGAGAUGUCAUAUGGGGCUUUAAAUGCCCAAUAAGGUGAAUUGGAAACCUGAAUUAUUUAUUUCAGAUUUUAAAGACGUGUGUACCAUUGUAUUAAAGCAAAGGAUUUUCAACUUGUAAAUACCUUAUUUAUAAGGGAGAUGGUUCUGCACUGGAGAUAGCUCCCACGGUUUGGGACACUGUGAAUCUGUCCAUAAAAGGACUGUUUCUUGGGAUGACUCUGGGAGACCAUCCUGCUCUCUUUCCUGGAUCUUGUUUUGUGCUAUAUUGUGAAAUGAGCUGUCACCUACUGGAUAUUGUGAUAUUUAUGUGACUGUUAGGAAAAUAAACCAGAACUGUUCCAGCUGAGGUACACAAUCAGGGACAGCAGCCACGAAGAAGACAAGGAGUCCACGGCAGAUACAGGCAGCUCAUUUACUGUGCAGACUGUGACACUACUCUCACACUUAACCUCUUCAGCUACAGAAUGGUGUGCUACGCCUCUCUUUGCAUUCUGCAGCUUUAAACUGUUAAACAUGGAUGGACAGCAUACAGCCCCUAGUUGAAGGCCUACAGCUCCCAUUGAUGCUUCAUUAGGAUGUCAGGGGAGUUGUGGUUCCACAGCUGGAAGGCUGCAUUUUGACCACCCUCUUUUAGACCUUAAAAAGCACAAUAUGUAACUUAUUAAAUAUAUAAACUCUCCAUUAUAAUGUUUAAUGGUAAUAAGUCUUUUAAUAGGUGAUUUGUCGUUUUAACAAGAGAUCGCAUCAUAAUCGCUUUUGCAGCAUGGGACUUGCAGAUAUAUCACAAAACGAACUCUGUUAUUGUUGCUGCAUUGUAAAAUUGCACAAAGAACAUUUUCCCUGCAUGCUAAUCGCCUCAGACUGAGAGAAUGAUACGGCAAGCAGCGUUCGUUAAUACGCUAACCGUACAAAACCAUCACCUUCUGGUUUUUAGAAAGAAAGGAUAACAGGUGACAGAAAUAACCACAGGUAACCCAGUCCAAGGUGUAAAACUGCACAUAUUAGUUACUAAUGCCAGUAUAAACGAAAAGGAGGGUGUAUCCGCUCCAUGUGCCAUAACGUGCGCAAAUGUUGCUUUCUGUGUGAGUUGUUUAGUGCUGUCUAAUCCAUUUGUGUUACUGGAGAACUUUCACCACUGGAAAGAUAUAUAUUUUAAUUUUUGCACUACAGAGGGCUUAUUUCUGCACUUAUAUUGCAGUCAGAAUCCCAGCGAAUGACUAGAACAAUUUUGUUUGUAUGAUUAACUCUGAGCCAAUUAAUAACUCCACCUCUCCUCGCCUCGACAUUGUAUGUAAUCCUCAACAGUGCCACUGGUCUCCCCGUCCCCCUUGAACUGUCCUAGAACUUGUCACCUUAAUGUGAGACCUGUAUGGGUCACUGUAACCCUCUCUUUUGGUAAUGAUAUUUAACAACGAUGGCCUAGGCAGCCCAGAUGUUUUUGAACUGCAUUUCAAGUCUGCCUUUAUGCAGAUGAGAAUUGAGGGAAAUGUUCACAAACAUCUAAGAUGCCACGACUAUUCAUCACUUACACGAAACCUGUCUGAAUGUCCAUGCUGGCAUCCUGUGGAUGGUAAUCUGACAUCUUUACCUCCAUGAUUGACCCCUAUUCUGGGUGUCCGACAGUCGUGCCCUAGGGUAGGAUUUGAAUGAUCACUCAUAAAAGACAAAUGUACAAUAUAUAUGAGAAAAUAAUUUAUCUUUUAGAUUUUUAUGGUAUGUGCCAUUGGUUAACCCUUAAUAAACUUUAAACCGUC